AGUGAGAGAGAAGGGAGGGGGAGUUGGGUUAGAGAUAGACGAAGACGAACAAAUCUGCACUUGAAUUGAUUAUCAUUGAUUAAUAAGCUCGGGUAUUCCACGUGUUUUAACUAACCUUACUAUCGAUAUUUUCUCAAAGAAAAGUGAUGUUAUGGAUUAUGUAUUUUAUAUACACAAUAAAGUUAAUAGCAAGAUUAUUUUAAAGAAACAAUAUCAUUUACUUUGGGUUUUAUCAAUGGGUUACAAAGCAAUGAACAUUACGAGAGGAAUUGGAUUAAUCUUUAGUAGGAUAAAUCACCUAAGAGAACGCUUGUUCGCACCUAAAAAUUUAUUGUACACAAAUAUUGGAAUAUCGAUUUCUCUUUCUGGCAUAGGAGAUGUUUUAGAGCAACAUUAUGAGAUAUUGAAGAAUGAAUGGGACAGAUGGUGUUUUACUAGAACAAGAAAUAUGUGUGUAUCUGGCAUGUCUAUUGGGAUAGUUUGUCAUUACUGGUAUAAUUUUUUGGAUGCUAGAAUGACUGGACGCACUUUUGGUAUAGUUUUAAAGAAAGUUAUUAUAGAUCAAUUGAUUUGCUCACCUCUUUGUAUAAGUACAUUUUUCUUAACCCUGGCCUUAUUGGAGAAUAGCAGUUUGUCAGAAUUUAAGAAUGAAAUUAGAAAGAAGGCGCACAAAUUAUAUGUAGCUGAAUGGAUUAUAUGGCCUCCAGCACAAGUUAUUAACUUUUAUUUCCUUCCCACGCGAUACAGAGUGUUUUACGAUAGUAUGAUAUCUCUCGGUUAUGACGUGUACACUAGUCACGUGAAAUACAAUGUUCAAACAGAUAGAUGAUAUUAUUUUAACUAGUAUUUAAAUAUUUUGCAAAGUUACACAUUAAAUGACAAAAUUAAAAUAGAACUUAAUUGUCAAUUCGCUGAAAAUUUCUUACUAUCUAUACUACAUAUUUUAAUAAUUAUAUUUAUGUGUGUGUGUGUGUGUGUGUGUGUGUGUGUGCGCGCGCGCGCGCGCGAGUAUAUAUGUAUAUAUAUGUGUGUGUAUGUAUAUAAAAUUGUAAAUGUGAAUUAAGAUACAAAAUAUACAAAUAAAUAAAUGACGAUUGUUUUUAGCUCGAUUUUCGAAUCAAACUGAAAAUAAUUCUAAAAAAAUGUUA